AUGCUAUCUUUUCUCUUCAUACUUCUUUCUCCACUUCUAUUUUUCUUCCUCUCCUUUCCACACUUUGCUUUUUUUUUUUUUUUUGUUUACUUUCUCUUUCUUUUUCUUUUUCUUUCUCUUUUACCAUUUCCUCACUUAACUUUCCCCGUCAUUUUUCUUACCAUCUUCAGACUUGCCUCGGUCUUAUUCUUCUUUACUUGCAUGUUACGCUCUCUUUUUUUUUUUUCUUUCUUUCUUUUCUUUCUUUCUUUCUUUCUUACUAAUCUUUCCUUUUCUUUCACUUUUUAUUCUCACUUUGAUUUUCAUUUGAUUUCUCUUACUUCCUCUCGCCUGCCUUUUUCUAUUCCUCUUUAUUUCCUUACACUUUCUUUUACUUUACACAUUUUCCUUUCUUUUCUUUACUCUUUCUUUCCUUUUAUAACCUGCCUUUCUUUCUUUCUUUCUUUUAAUUUAAACUUUCCUUUCUUUUUUACUUGGCUUGCUUUCGUUUUAUUUAUUUAUUUACUUACCUUCUUUCUUUCUUUCUUUCUUUCUUUCUUUUAUUCUGCCCUGUCUUACCUUUCUUACCAUUAUUUCUUCCUUUUACUUUCUUUCGUACAUUUCUUUCUUUCUUUAUUUAUUUAUUUAUUUAUUUAUUCCUUUCUUUCUUUCUCUCUUUUCUUAUCUUUCUCUCUUCCUUUCUUUCUUUUACUUUAUGCUAUCUCUCCAACCGUUUUUACCUUUUUCUUUCUUUCUUUUAUUUUCUUUCUUGGAUUCCUUUCUUUCUUUCUUUCUGUUUUAUUUUACCCUAUCAUUCCUUUCUUACCUUUCUUUCUUCAUUUCUUUCUUUCCUUUUCUUUCUUUCUUUCUUUCUUUCUUUCUUUCUUUCUUUCUUUCUUUCUUUCUUUCUUUCUUUCUUCCCAACCCUUCAUCUUUUUUAUUUCUUUUGCCCUUCCUCUCAUUUCCACUCUCAGCCCUAUUUACUUGUUUUACUUUAUCUUCUAUGUUCUCUUCUUUCUUUUUCACCCUACUCACUUUACCUUUGUUCUUUCUCUUUUUCUUUUUUCUUUUUUAUAUCCGGUCGUCUUUCCUCUAUUAAUCUUCUUACCUACUUCAAAUUUGCCUCGGUUUCUUUUCGUUUAA